UAAACAUUCUAGGUGCGUUGCGCACUAAUUGACUGUACACAAUGUGCAACAUUGCGGUCAAGUUUGUACCGAACACAUCCCACUAAACGUCACUGCUUUGGCUUUCUCGAGCUCGCAAACACGCUACAGUAGACCUUAUUCUGUUAUGAUGCGACUCGCCUGUAGGGCUCCGUGCAAAAGUGCGCGUCCUGUUUGCCGCGUGCGCCAUGUAGGGCGAACACGCCCUGCCGUUCUAGGGCCUGGGAGUCUUAGGCCCCACCGCUGUCUGAAAUGCAAUGCAUUUGGAGAACAGCAAGACACAUCCUCGGGUGAAGAGGACAAUACGGAUUAUGCUGCUGUAGCAGCCAACUUAAACGCUCUGCUGGCGAAGUCAGUCCAAUCGAGGAUGACGGGCAAGGACCUACGUGCGCUGGUUGUCCAGAAAUGGGGCCGGAGCUAUGACGUGAGGCUAUCAAAGUUUCACGGACGCAUGUAUCUUCAAGUAAUGUGGAAGUUUCUUGAGCAGCAGUCUUUCCCGCUCACCGAGGCCCAGUACAUGCAGCAGCUUGACGCGGUUGCUGAGUACCUGACGGAUUGGGGAGUUGCGGACACGGUUCGUCAGGGCAUCCUGGCCGCCCGCAAGCCGCCCGGUUACACCGGAGGCGGCAACGCGCGUUGCGUCAGCAUCCCCCUGUCGGUUGACCUCGGCGGGGCCCGCAGCGCCGAGUGGAAGUGAAGGGCCAGUGAGGCAGGGAAGAGGGGAUUAGAGAGAUAACUUAGUAAAGGAAGGAAGGAACCAACCGUGUGACAAUGCCCUACCAUGGGGAGUGAGGAAAAGGAGUGAAGGGGUGCUCGUUGCGGGGGCUGGGGUGCGGCGUUUGCUGGGGAGUUGUUGGGCGAGGUCGUACCUCCCGUGCAUGUGACUGUCAUUGAAGGUCGAGGUGGGAAGGUGUUGGUCGCUGUCGCUCUCGCAUUCGUUCGUAAAGCGCCUAGGGAAGCUGGCCCGCAUGGGCCUGGGGGCAAGCGGCUAGUGGGUGCUGGCGGCUGCUGGAGGUGUCUGAUGCUGGGGGCUUGGGCUAAGCGGGCUUGUGACGUCAAGCGAGCAGGACGUGCUGCACGAUUGCACAGGUUUGUGUUUUGCAGAAGGCUGCAGGAACUACUAGCCCCAGAAGAGGGCCGCGCUGGGGCCAGGGGGCCAUGCCAUUUCGGUCGAUACGCUGUGGAUAGAAAGGUUAUUACAGGGUGAGCCGUGAGACGCCUCGCUUGGCUUACCGUCUCACUGUUAUCAGCCCCUUUAGCUGACUGGUGACGUGGUGGUUGGGCAAGACUGGCGGCUGCUAGGUGGCGUUCACAAACGGUGAACCGAAUUGUGUGCUAUGUCUUGGAGCCCCGGCUUGUAUGUAGCAAAGGGUGUUGCUACUGUACGGCUGUGGGGGUGGCGGUGAUGGAGUGUCGGGCAUUCGGUGCUGACGCAAGCUGCUGAUGCCAGGCAUGAAGGGCGCUACUGGGAGGAGGUGCGGUGCGAAGUGGGAGGAGGUGGGACCAGACUCACCUCUUCUCGGUUCCUCCCCCGUUGGGUUGCCCAGUGCAUGCGACUGGUUGAUGCGGAGAUUGUUGUGUUGGAUGCAUCCCUGGACCGGUAUGCAUCCCUGGACCGGUAUGCAUCCUUGAACCGGUAUGCAUCCUUGGACCGUUGCCGCCCUCCAUGCACGCAUGCGACUGGGUCGGGAUGCAAACAAGCGGUUUCGGUUGCUCCCUCUUGUUCUUUAUUGGUUUGGGCUUUGAAGGUAUGGCAUGCGGACCCUAUGCUGCAUCUGCAUUAGCGUGCACGUGCGGGUGGACGGCGCAUUUAGGUCAUUGGCUAAGGGCACCCCUUCUGGAUGGGUGUUGUACCUGUACACACGUGUACUCUGACCCGCGGGUCUGAUUCCUAUACGCAUACGGUAUUUGCUAUGUUUGAUUUUGUACGUGGGGGUUUUAUCAUUCGUUGAUAUUGUAGAAGGCGUCGAGUAUCAUUGUGCUAUGUACAGGGGACUAUUUGCUUGCCCCUUGCUAUCAAUUGUUAGUUGGGUGGUAGCAAGGCAUUAUACAAUGAUGUUGUUGACCGUAUCACACUAGGUUAUCGCUGCUAAACACUGCGCAACCGCGGUCGGGUAUGGUGUGGCGGCUUCCGAACAGCGUGUUAAGGUGGCUACAUGUUUGCAAUUGUUCGCUGAACAUACCCCCCCGAAUGUUUCCUUUGGGGCAACGGGCAGUACGGCAUGCGGUUUCAGAUCGUGCAUGAGGAGAGUAUUAAUGCCUGGUCGUGUAAUUCACUUGAAGCUGUACAAUUUCGUAGUGGG